AUGUUGGGUGCACGCCGUCUGAGUGGAGGCACCCCGGUGGGCGCCACCACCGCGGGCGACGGCAAAGUGCUCAUCAGCUCAGUGAAGGAGGGAAUAAGCCUGUGUUCCCCAGAAUUACCGGAAUCAUCCAUCACAUGGAGCCUGGGGCCGGGCGAUCGCGAGCUCGCCUGCCCGGCAGUGCUGGACACGCGGUCGCACACCCUGUGGGCCGUGCUGGACCGAGCAGGCCAGACCAGCCUCGCCGCCUGGCCCAGCACCUCGCAGGCCGGCCCCAUCCCCAGCACCAGUGGCCUCCGCCUUGACUCCAGGGUGUCCUUCCAGGCGCCCGGCCCCGCCGUGGGCGGCGCACCCUCGGUCUGGACCCUGCCCCACGGCGGCGGCGUCAGGCUCUGCACCGCCGACAGGGUGGCCGCCGCCGCCGCCGGCGCCGGCCGCCCGCUGGCCUGCCGCUCGCUGCAGGGCGGCUCCUCCCUGCACGUGCUGAUGUCCCCGGCCUCCCACCCCGGCGCCGUGCGCUCCAGCGAGUACCACUUCGUCGAGGGUGGCGUGGAGGAGUCCUCCGACUGGACCCUGCUCCCCCCGCCCGGCGCCCCGCACUCCCACGCGCUGGCGGCCUCCUGCACACCCGGCGGCGCGGCCGUGCUCUGGUCGGACGGCGCGCUCUCCGCAUACCACUGGCCCGAGAGGGGCCAGGCCGGGGUCGACGGUCUUUCGCCCCGCCUCAGCCUGCUGCUGCGCGGCGUGUCCGCACAGCAGGCGGCGGCCCCCGCUGCGACGCCGCAGACUCGAAAGCGCAGGGCGUCCCUGAAGGCGGGGGCUGCGGCUGCCCUGGCUGAGGCCGGCGGCGCGCGGCAGGCGGCGCUGUGCUCGCCGCGCGAGGGCCUCCUCGCGGCGCUCUUCUGGGCAGAGGAUGGCGGGACGACAGCCCUGCGCUUGGUCCUCGUCCAGGAGCAGUACGGCUGCGUCCUGUCCUGCACCGACCUGGGGGAGGAGGAGGGGGCUGGGAACCCUGUCCCCGGGUCCCCCAUCUCGGUGUCUGCGCUCUCCCCCGACAGCCUCGCGCUCUGCACCAGCGACGCCUGCAUCGCGGUGAGCCUGGACCCGGGCGCAGGGCUCACCCUGGCAGACCUGGUCGGCGCCGUGGCCCCCGCCGCCGCUGCUCCCGGCGCGUCAGCCGCGCCGGAGCCAGGCGAGUCGGCCUUUGCGGCCGCGGCCCGGCGCGCCCUGCGUCUCGAGGACCCCUCAGCAGGCAGCAAGGCCCCGGGCCCGACGGGCGAGGGCACAGGCCCUGGCCCAUGCGACAUCCUCCGCACGGUCGCCUUCGACCUGCAGCCCGCCGAGGGGCGCGGAGAGGAGAGCGCGCCGGGCGACGACCCGGCCCGCCCCUGCACCAUAUCAAGGUGGGAGGAGGUCGAGGGCUCGCGCACUCGCGGCGAGGCCGAGCGCGCCGCCUGGGCGCUGGCGCGCGGGCCCGCCGGGAGCGAGGCCGACGCGCUGGAGACGCUGCAGCCCCUGCUGCGUGCGCUGCCCGUGCCCAGCGCCCUGCUGGCGGCCCUCCUCCGUCGAGCCAUGGGUGCGCGGGUGAAUUGUGUGUGGGGAUGGAGGUCGGUGGAAGAGGGGUUGCUCCGGAUCGUGCCCUGUCAAAGGCUGGUGGACUGA